AUGACUACUACCGCACUGCCGUCCGAGACGGCUCUGCGACGCCUAGCUACUACCGACAGCACCCCUACAACCUCAACAGACAUUUCGCCAAUCGAUAGUCCUCGAUCGUCGCCAUCAUCCACAUCGCUGUCCUCGAUGGCCUCAGAAGAUGCUGCUCCAGCCAAACAACUACGAGAGACGCCCGAGUUGGUGGACUCGUAUGGCAACAAGUUUGAGAUUCCCGACUACACCAUUGGCGACAUCCACAAGGCCAUUCCCAAGCACUGCUUUGAGCGGUCUGCUGCUACUGGUCUCUACUACGUCGCUCGAGACAUGCUCGCGCUGGCUACCACGUUCUACUUCACCAACCGCUUCCUCACAGCUGAGAAUGUCCCAUCGACACCUCUACGUGCUGCUCUGUGGGCGGCCUACACCUUCGUGCAGGGCUGCUUCGGCACUGGUCUGUGGGUCAUGGCCCAUGAAUGCGGUCACCAGUCCUUCUCUCCUAGCAAGGUAUUGAACGAUACCGUGGGCUGGGUUUGCCACUCCCUCCUUCUCGUUCCCUACUUCUCCUGGAAGAUCUCUCACGGCAAGCACCACAAAGCCACUGGUCACAUGGAGCGAGACAUGGUCUUCGUGCCAAAGACCCGCGAGGAGUUUUCCUCUCGAGUUGGCCGAUUCGCACACGAACUGCACGAGUUGACCGAGGAGACCCCUUUGGCGACUGCUUUCCAUCUGCUCUACCAGCAGCUCGGUGGCUGGCCCGCGUACCUGUUGACGAAUGUCACCGGCCACAACAAGCACGGCGGACAGCGCAACGGUCGUGGUGAGGGCUACAAGAACGGUCUGACCGGCGGUGUCAACCACUUCAACCCUCGGAGUCCUCUCUACGACGCCAAGGACUCGCAUUUGAUCGUCCUCAGCGAUCUCGGUCUUGCGAUUGUCGGCACUAUUCUGUUCACGAUUGGCAAGAACUUUGGCUGGUCAAAUCUGCUCGUGUGGUAUUUCAUCCCAUACCUCUGGGUUAACCACUGGCUCGUCGCAAUCACCUUCCUCCAACACACCGAUCCUUCCCUCCCGCACUACUCGCCCACCUCCUGGACCUACACCCGCGGUGCCGCCGCCACCAUCGACCGCGAAUUCGGCUUCAUCGGUCGCCAACUCAUGCACGGCAUUGUCGAGACCCACGUUCUGCACCAUUACGUCAGCACCAUCCCCUUCUACCACGCUGACGAAGCCACCGAGGCGAUCAAGGGCGUCAUGGGCAAGCAUUACCGCUCUGAUACAAAAGGUGGCCCGCUUGGUUUCAUCAGAAGCCUGUAUACCAAUCUGAGGAGAUGUCAGUGGGUGGAGACACUGCCAGGCAUGGAAGGCGAGAACGCCGGUGUGUUCUUCUUCAGAAAUCGGAACGGGAUGUUGCUGCCGCCGAAGGUGAUUGCGGCGAGCUCGUAA